AUGACUACUCUUGCAAAUCAAAUAUCAGCCAUAGUCAAUGAACAUUAUUAUAAGCUAAAACCGACAGGAAAACCUAUAACUCGUUCCAAUGGCGUUCCAGAGUGGACUGUACUUGCAGCAGUAGUGGCAAUUGAUCAGUUCACGAAUAAGUUGCGCUUGAUCUCCCUAGCCACAGGAGUAAAAGCUACCCCCGAUGCUGAGCUGAGGAGGAGCAAUGGUCGGAUAUUGCACGAUUGUCAUGCUGAAAUACUAUCUCUGCGUGCAUUCAAUGCCGUGUUAUUGGAACAUAUGUACCGGAUACGAACUGAAGGUUCUAGCGAGUUUUCAGACCUCCUCGAGGAAUCCGAAGAUAAGAAACUAUUUAGAAUCAAGAAAAACUAUUCAUUCGCUCUUUACAUUUCGAAGGUUCCUUGCGGUGAUUCGAGCAUGAAUAUCCUGGAAGAUGAUGAUGCUAAUGAAUCCCUGGAACAAUUCUCAUGCCAAUACGUGGACUCAAAUAAUCGCACUCUGUUACGAGGAAGAUCUAACUACAAGAAAAAAGGAUUUGUACGGACUAAGCCCGGUCGAAAAGACUCUAAAAUUACACUAUCAAAAUCUUGUAGCGAUAAACUAUGCAUUCGCCAAAUGACUUCAAUACUUAACAGUCUUACAUGGGAUUUAAUAGUAGAACCUGCAUUUUUGAAAUAUAUCGUGAUACCGAAUCUAUCACAGAGUGCGGAAAUAGGACUUCGGAGGUCGUUCAAAGAAAGGCUUUCUGGUUUAGGAAAGAUGCAAGAAAUCGAAUUUCUCUCUUGUACAGAGAACUUUUGUCACGAAAAAACUAGUGAACUGCAAUCACCAUCACUAUUAAGUGCUAUUCUUUUGAAUAUUGAAGAUGGCAAGCAAGCUGUCCAAGAAGUAGUGCUUAAUGGGGUUAAAAAUGGCUUCUAUGUAAAAGGUUCAAAGCCCUUAAGGAAGAACUCCGAGUCUUCGAUCAGCCGCUUGUCACAAUGGAAAGUCUAUCAAAAAUUGAGACCUAUUGAUAGUCAAAUGAGUUAUUUAGAGUUUAAAUCAACGCAGAUUGCUCGUAAUGCCAUAAAAGAGAAGGUUCGCAUUCGUUUAAGUGCCGACGGAUGGAUAAGUACAAAAGAAGAUGAUUGUAAGUAA